UGAGUGAAUAAAAAAAUUCUCAAACGUGAGGGGAUGGGCCCCUAUAUACGGGUUCUAAUGGCUCAGGGGCCUACUUACCAUAGGGCAAGCUGGCAACCCGGCCAAUCCGCCACUGCCUAUCACUAAUUGAUAGUUAUUGCAGUCUUAAGCACAAAAGCAGAUCAACGGCCAAUCACUUGACUUCGAGUACAAUAGGCUAUCUAUCAAUCCACAUCAACUUCAGCCUUUGGACUAUUUUCAUGCAGAGCAAAAUACUCAAACUAUCAUUUCAAGGAAAUUAUUAGUUUAAGUACUUUAUCAGGAAUGUAGCACAACUGAAUAACAAGAUCCUUUCUUUAAUGAAACGACGUAAGUGCCCGUCUUGUGUGCAUUCCAAGUGUAAACUGCUCCAGUGUGGAUUCUUAAACUCUUCAUAAACGACACCAAACUCCUUCACUUGACAUCAACCACGCCCAGCUUUUUAUAAAUUUCCAGUCGAAGAUUAGGGUAACCAGAUAUUAAAAAAAAAAUCAACAAAAAAUAAUUGAAAGCAUAAAAUAUUAACAAAAAAUACAAAUAAACAAACCAAAAUGAGUGUAGAUUCUUACGAGAUUACCGCAAUGAAGACCAGGCACAAGGCAGCAUCUCCGUCCGUAGAAGAUUUGAUAACUGACAGUACAGACAAUGAAGAAUCGCAGCCUGUGAGUAUACCAGACGAGCCCCAAGUCGAGACGUCUGCCACGAGUCAAAAGCGAACUGUCCAAGAUGGUCGCGCCCUUAUGCAAGGUUCCACGUCCAACAUGUCGUCCAUUAUGAAUUUUUUGAAAGGAAACAUUGGUACAGGUCUUUUGGCAUUACCAUCAGCUUUCAAACAUUCAGGAUUGUGGGUUGGUUUUGCUGGUAUAUUGUUUCUAGGCUGCAUAGCUACACAUUGUAUGCACAUUCUUGUCAACUGCAGCCAUAAAUUAUGCGAACGAACAUCUUCAGUAACUAUGGAUUACCCUGAUGUCAUGGAGAGCUGUUUGCAAACUGGACCGCCUGCACUUCGACGUUUUUCACGAGCAUUCAGGAUUGCCAUCAAUAUUUUUAUCCUGAUCACCCAGUUUGGUUUCUGUUGUGUCUAUGUGGUGUUUGUGGCCGAAAACAUUUCAGACGUGGUUGAUGUCUUCCCUGUGGCGCACUGGGACAAUAUUUCCUAUAUGUGGCUCAUCAGCAUCUUUCUCAUCCCUUACUGUUUUAUUCGAAACCUAAAAACCUUGGCUGUCUUCUCAUUGUUGGCCAACAUCAUCACCAUCAUCGGACUGGUCAUCAUCUACCAGUAUAUCGUACAGCAUCUCCUGCCAAUGUCUCAGGUGCAACUGUACACCAGUUUCUCCCAGUUACCAAUGUUCUUCGGUAUUGCUGUCUAUUCUUUUGAAGGUAUCAGUUUGGUUCUUCCUAUUGAAAACAAAAUGAGAAAUCCACAAGAUUUCCCUGGUUGGACAGGAAUUCUAAAUCUUGGAAUGACCAUUGUGGUUUGCCUCUAUGCAUCACUUGGCUUCUAUGGUUAUCUCUCUUUCGCUGAUAGUAUUGAAGGAAGUAUAACAUUAAAUCUACCAUCAAAUUGGUGGUACACAAGUGUCAAGUUGUUAUUUGCAGUUUCUAUCUUCAUAUCUUAUGGUAUCCAGUUCUAUGUUCCAAUGAACUUAUUGAGUUCACCAAUUCGAGAAAGAUUUGGAUCAACCAAGUACAGUCAAAUAAUCGACCAUGCCUUACGAGUCAUCUUAAUCUGUGCAUUAACCGGAUUUGCAUCCUGCAUUCCUCAUCUGGAUCUCUUGAUAGCACUGAUCGGAGCGUUUGCCAGCAGUGGAUUAGCACUAAUCUUUCCACCCAUCAUCGAGAUGAUCACUUACUCUGCCGAAGGGGAACAACUAACAAAACUGACGAUUGCGAAGAACAUUUUCAUCUUAUUCAUCGGUGUAACAGGGUUUGUGACAGGGACCUACACGAGUGUCAAGGAAAUCAUCAAUGUGUUUUAAACUGCAGACAUUCAAAUUGUACAUAUGCUCAAUGACCGUGUGCAGUCAUGCAUACAUCUGCAUGCAUGGGUCUCACAUGCAACAUAGAUCCGUUCAUGCAGAGAUAUUGACAAAUAUGCUCAUAAUUUUUGUGAAUUAUGUGAACAUACACACGUGUGCAUGCACUCAUGUGCACGUUGAUAAAUCUGUAACUAUUUUUUAAUGAGUAAAAUGUAUGCAUGCAAAUGAUUUAUGUGUGUGUAUAUAUGUGUGUGUGUGUAUAUAUAUAUAUACACACAC